AGUGGUGGCUUUGUGGAGGAAGGAGCUUUUGUGUUUGUGCUCUAACCAUACCUCCAGGUUUUUUUUCUAUUAAAAGGAAAAACCUAGAAUAAACAAGUUUUAAUAAACCCAGACAACUGCUUUAUUAGAACAGCUAUCAACUCUCAGGAAGCAAAGGGGGUUUGCUGGCAACAUCUUGCAGCAGAUGCUGAGCCACAGUGGAUCCUUCUCCAGUAGGUUUGCAGAACUGAAGACAGAGAGAUGCAUCAAAGGGGAACUUCACAGUCAUUUACCUAUUUUUAAGGAUACAUAAGGAAUCAUGGUGAGCAAAGAAGGGGACAAAUGUGUGCUGACAUCUUCAGAAAGUGAAGUUGAACCAGCUGUUUCGCUUGCCUUAGAGAUGAAAUAUGCACUGGACCCCAACAGGCAGAUUAAAAAAAGAAACAAAGCCCUUCAAGUGAGGUUUAAAGAUAUAUGUGAAGCCCAAAACGAACAACGGGACAAACAGCAAUCUACAGUGCCACAGACAGACAAAAAGGAUCCAAAAUCCCUGUCUUGCAAAGCUUAUCGGAAGUACAUGACAGUGCCUGCUCGGAGGUCGAUACCCAAUGUCACGAAGAGCACAGGAGUACAGACUUCGCCUGACCUGAAAAAGCGUUAUCAGACUUUUCCGCUGGAUCGUAAAAAAGGGAAUCUUUUAAAAAAUGCCACUGGUGUAGAUACUUUACAAAAUCAAAACAAUGGAUUUCUAAUAGAAGUGAAGGAUAAGAGAGAUCACAAAAACUCAGGGGAGAUUAAUCAAUGCAGCAGGGUGACCGAGCAGGUGGUCAUGAUACAUUCUAGCGAAAACAUGGAUUCUAUCAAUCAGCUUUCGCCUAGCAAUUCUUCAGAUGCAUGUAAAAGCGACGAUUUGCACGGUUGUACUAAAGGAUCCCAUUCUCUUCAAAACCCAGCAAACUCUACUUCAGAACAGGUCAUAUGCCAUUCGCAUGAAACCGCAAAACAUGACAAAAGGCCAUUAGGGAACAUGCAGCCCAAUCAAUCAGCACAUGUGAAAGUGCUUUUGAGAGAAGAAGCCACAAUUCAUUCACCUACACUCAACCCAAACCUGAUGGAUCCAGAGGACAUGAAUCCUGGAAACGAUAACGAAAGGACUGUUUGCCCAUCAACAGAGGAAGAUAACAAACGAACUGCACAUCUUAAUGGAUUGCAAACACAAGAUGUACACGCGAAAGCCUGUGCAACGCAGCCGCAGUGUCAAACAACGGAAUGUCAUGAACAGAACCUUCAGAUAAAUGUUUUACCUAAAAAUCAGCCUUGUCAGACGGCGGUUGCUUUGGGUGAUGAAUGCCAACAAAUUGUGCCUCACACAGACGUGAUAGACCUAAAAGCACAGCUCCAAAGCAUGGAAACUCUGAUAAGUUCUAGCCAGGAAACUAUUAAAGUGCUUUUGGGCGUUAUUCAGGAGUUGGAGAAAGGAGAAGCUCACAGAGAAGGGCUUUCAUAUAGGACUGGUCAAGACACGGCAAACUGUGACACAUGCAGGAACAGUGCGUGCAUUAUCUAUAGUGUUGAACUGGAUUUCAAGCAGCAAGAAGACAAACUACAACCAGUCUUGAAAAAACUACAUCCCAUUGAGGAAACUCAGGUUGCACCCUUGCCUUAUCCUGCAGAAACUUACACAUCUACUCCCAAGCAAAAAUCCAAAACAGAAUCGAAAAAACAUGGAAGAUGGAAACUGUGGUUUCUUUAGCUGAAUCUGCUGGAAAGUGAGCCUUGGGCCUUCUUAGCCACUGAAUCUGAAAUACAACCGUUUUAACCAAGGGAUUUUGGUAACAAUACAAGUUGCCAGGAAGUAAUCGUUUCUUGUGGGCAGUAUGCAGAUACCUACUGUGCGUACCAAAAAGGCCUUUAUACUUGCAACUCAUUUGCGGAAGCAAGGUAUAAAAACAAAAAUCACAAAAUGCCAACUUUUACUAGCAGAUCAAUAUGCGGGAUGUAGAAUUUAAGUUUAAAAUUUAUAUUACUAAAAUUGAAAAGAAAAAAAAAAGUCCAAUUUUUUUUUUUUUCUUAUUUCUGUUUUCUAGCGUAAGUGUCCACAGCUAUAAUAUCAGUUCACAGUCAUGGAUUUCAUGCUUGAAACAACAAAUUGAGAAUAAAAGUCAAAGCCUUAUGUUAAAUGAGGUUUUAAUUUUACAUGUUAUGGUAAAAAAAAAAAAAA